CCCUUUCAGGGUGUUAAAACAUUUUUGGGACACCCUGUAUAGUCGAUAAAAUGAUACGUAUACCUUUACUUUAAAAUAAAAACCAAAAAUAAAACAACAUGCAUAUUUACGUAAAUACAAUUAAAAUAAAGAACAUUCUGUCCACCUAUCUUUCUUACACCGUGAAUCGUAUAAAAUAUAAAUACCGUUUAUAAAGUGUUGCGAAGUGAGCUAUUGUUUUAGAGGUUCUCACGUAUCAGUUGAGCUCUUCUGGGAGUUCAGAACCAUUCAGAACCCCUGGUAUGUCGUAAACAACGAAGGUGGCUUAUGGUUGACUGUUCUAUUCUGUUCUGUUAGUUUCGUUAAAAUGAUCUACGUUACUUUUUAAAUCCACAAUCCCCAAUUUUGCUCAAUGAAGAAGUAAACUGAUUUUAAAAUAAUGGCUCAAGCGAAGCUUAAUUCGCAAGACAAAGCAGAUUGCACACUUAAAGACAAAGAAAAGGAGUCUGACGAAAAGGAAGGGUCAACAACUGUACCAGAAUGUGCAGUCUGUCUUCAACCAUGUAUAUACCCUGCAAAAUUACCUUGCAAUCAUGUAUAUUGUUACCUAUGUGUCAAAGGUGUUGCGAAUCAAAGCAAAAGAUGUCCUAUGUGUCGUCAAGAAAUUCCACCUGAUUUUCUUGACAGACCACAGUUGGUAGAUGUAGAUGAAGCACAAAAGGAAUCAGAACAUUCUGAGGAGGAAUACCAGUGGUUUUAUGAAGGCAGAAAUGGUUGGUGGAAAUAUGAUUCAAGGACCAGCAGGGAUUUGGAGACUAUUUACAACCUUGGUUGGUGGCAAUAUGAUCAACGCACAAGCCAUGAAUUAGAAACAGCAUAUAAACAAGGCAAACGGAAUUGUGAAUUAUUAAUCGCAGGAUUUCUUUAUAUUGCUGAUUUUGGUUCCAUGCUUCAGUUACGUAGAAACGAUCCUUCUAGACGCAGAAGAAUUAAACGUGACUUAUACAAUGUUCCCAAAAAAGGAGUUGCAGGUUUAAGAUUAAAUAAUCAAGAUGAAGAAAUCAUCAGAGAAAUAAGGGGAGCGGAAAGACCAGCUAGUCCUGCAAGUGACAAUAUGGGUACAGGUGAUGGAACAAAUACCCCAGUACCACCAAGUAAUACUCCACAAACCCCAGCAGGUGGCACAGCAAGUGGCGAUGCUACUCCUCUAAAUGAUAGACUGGAACAAAGAUCAGAGUCUUUACAUCAGGUAUUAGAGCAAAUGCGUUCUUUAGUGCUCAGGGAACAUUUAUCUUUGAGUACAGAUAACGAAUUAGAAGAAACUGCGGAAAGUGAAUCACUUUCCACUCAUCCUACAUUAUGAGUACAAACAUUUAACAAUUCCUAUUCAUUAGAAGUUCGUUUUUGAAAACUUUAAUAUUAUUAAAGUUAAUGUGGCAUCUUAUUAAAUGAAAAAUAUAAAAUUCGUGUACAUGUUUAAGGAUAUAGAACACUCAUAUAUGUGAUGUACUAACAUGUAAUCGGUACAUCGCCAUGUGGUGUUUAUUAAAAACAAAUCAAUUAAAUACAAUUAAGUCUUUCAUAUUUAAACGAAUAAAUAUUUUGAGCGUUCACGUGCAUAUUGUGAAUUAUCAAGCUUUAGAAAUGUUCAAUUAGUAUCUAAUAGUUUCAUAUAUUGUCAUCUUACGAAAUGUUCUACCAAGGGGAAAUUUGUAUCGUUCCAUACAGUUUUUAUACUGUAGUAGUGAUACUUCUUAAUUCUGAUGUAAUUUUUUCAACUAUUAGAAAUGAUAUAACUUGUAAUUGUAAGUGGCUGAGGAUAAUUAAGAGUUUCAUGAACAAAUGAUAAUACCUUUUAUUUAUAAAUGAAGUAUAACACAUUGGGAACUUUAACAAUACUUCUAUUCUUAUAUAUAUAACAGAUGUACUGUCAUUUUUCUUGUAUUUGUUAUAAUCAAUGGGAUCUAAAUUGAUGCAGAGAGCAAAGUAUCGUGCUCGGAUGUUCACCUGUCGAUUUAUUAACAGUAUUAUUGAAGGUCAUCUUCGUGUUUCUUUCUGAUUUAUCAAUUUUAUCAUAAUAAUAAUAAUAAUAAUUGCAUUGAUAUUGCCAAUAAUUUAAUUGAACAUUAUUUUUGUUUAAGUAGUUUUCAAGCAUUUGAUGUAAAAUUGUUACCAUGAUUGAAAAUAAUACAUAAAGUAAAGAAUGACUAAGUUUAAGGAAUUCUCUACACCUAUUAUUGUAAAAGAUAUAUUGUCUUUAAGUGUGUUAUGUAA